CGAAACUCCUCCUUAUCUCGGGUUUCUCCACCCGAAACGAUACGAAACGAGCCGAAACCCUAGAAAAAAAAAUGCUGCGUAUUGGAGCCAAGCGUCUGCUAGGGCUAGCACAGAGACCGGCGAUCCCACCGCCGGCUGUUGUGGUGAGGUCGUACCACGAGAGGGUGGUGGACCACUACGAUAACCCUAGGAACGUCGGAUCCUUCGAUAAGAACGAUCCAACGGUGGGAACGGGGCUCGUUGGAGCUCCGGCGUGCGGUGACGUGAUGAAGCUCCAGAUAAAGGUCGACGAUGAGACGGGGAAGAUCGUUGAUGCUUGUUUCAAGACCUUUGGUUGCGGGUCGGCGAUUGCAUCUUCGUCUGUUGCUACUGAAUGGGUUAAGGGAAAACAGAUGGAGGAAGUUGUGACCAUCAAAAACACUGAAAUAGCAAAGCAUCUUUCCCUUCCACCAGUGAAGCUCCACUGCAGCAUGCUUGCAGAGGAUGCUAUCAAGGCUGCUGUCAAGGAUUACGAAGUGAAGAAAGCCAAGAAAGCAGGCAAUGGCGAGGAAUCUGCCAAAUCAGCUGGCAAGGGUGCUAAUGCCUGAGAACCAAGGGUCAGUGAUCUUCUGGCUUAAAGGGCUGUGUAUCUGCUGGUUCGCAAUAAUACGUGGGGUUUGAACUGAAGAAUAUGUACACCAUAUGAUGACGUUUAUGAAUGCUGGUAAUGUAAAGUGACAGCUUAUGGUUUGUGAUAAUGUCAGUAAUUUUGUUUGCUGGAGGUAGAAGGGAAAUAUUGCUCUUAUGUUGUAGCUUUUAUCUUUUUUGUUGGUUCCGGUUCCUUUCAGCUUGCUGGUGGACCGCCACUGCUCUCUGGUGGAUAUGCUUUUUAUGUUAAACUUUUUCCUUGUUUUGUGAUCAA